GCGGGCGUGGCGUGGGCAGAGGGCGGGAACGCGAGGCGGGAAAAGACGAAAUGGAGCGCCCCGGAGUGGACGUGCCUCCCGUGGACCAGGAGCCCCAGGCAGUUGUGGAGAGCGGGGAGCAUCAACAGAACGAGAACCACGUGGACGAGGUCAGCACGGCGGGGGUCAGUGCCAAUUACCAGCUGUCAGGACCCUUCUCCUCUCUGGACUCCAGCAUUGAAAUCCUGAAGAAGAAAGCCCAGGACCUGAUUGAAAGCAUCAAUGAAAGCAGACAGAAGGACCAUGCACUUAUGACCAACUUCAGGGACAGCCUCAAGAUGAAGGUCUCAGAUCUGACAGAGAAGUUGGAGGAGAGGAUGUACCAGGUGUACAGCCAACACAGCAAGAUCAUUCAGGAAAGACUCCAAGAAUUCACCCAGAAGAUGGCAAAGAUCAGCCAUCUGGAAAUGGAGCUCAAACAAAUCUGCCAUACUGUGGAAACUGUAUACAAGGACUUAUGUGUCCAGUCUGAGAUUCCUGUUUCAGAAGAACAGAAUUACAAAGAUGGUGAAUGCUGACUUCUGCUAAGAAGCUCAUCUUAACGACAGUCACCAUGAGAAGGCACAGAGGACACUAAGCCAUGCUGGGAUUUUUAACAGUCCUGUAACCCAGCACAAAACCACAAUGAUCUCCGUGCUAACUACCAAAGUGUGACAAGGCUAGUCCCUGCCCAUAAGCUUAGUCUUAGCAAAAUCAGCCAGCCCAUACCUGCAAGUGAUUAAAUGGUUUGACUUCUA